GAGGGAGGGGUCCUGGGCAAAGGUGAGUUAGUACCUCAAUCACGCUAAGAAUCUCGGCUUACCAGAUUUCAAUACCCAACAACUCUGCCAGGACCGAGUAUACCUCGUCAUAGCCACCAUAGUGCUCUUUAUGCGCUCCUUGAGCGAGUGUAUCAUCGUUGCCGUGGUCAAAAACGGCUCAGCCCUCCGACGCGCUGCCCAAGGGCCAUACGAUAUCACAUACGGCACCUUGACGUGCCUAUACCUGGUCUUCAUGGGCCUGCAAGCCUGCCAGAUCGUCUUGAACCCCGACAAGGGCACCGCGGACGCCGAAAACGUGCAGUCGGACGUGCGCGCCUGGAUUCUCGGCAGGCUCGAAAAAGUGACGGAGAAUCGUGUGCACACGGCGCCGGCGUUGAGCAGCAUCCUCGACGACGCCAGCGCGGAACUCGCUCUGAUCCUGGAAUACGGCCCGCUCUCGCUCACCUCGGGCCUGCCGGCGGAUAAAAAGGCCAAGGUGGCCGAGAACUAUGUCAAGCAACUCCGCCGCCACUUCUCGAGUCUCGCCCCUCAGCCCAAGACGAUGCCCAUCAUCCUGCCUCAGCCUCCUUCCAACGGCCGCAUCAGAAGCACUCCGGUCGGCAGGCAGAGCUUACCGCCAAUGCCCAGCUCCAGCGCGUACGAGAGCCUGCGGAGCAGCUCCAAUCCUGAAAUGAGGAAGCCGUCGUCGGUCCCAGAUAUGCGCGGAAACCGGUUCGCUCCUUGCGGACUCCGCGAGAAUCCCCCGGCUGGCUCUGUGCCGUGGCAGCUAAACGUUGUCCCGAUCGAGGAACACCAGCCUCUGGCCGCAUACCACCUGCCCGCGCAGCCCUUUGGCAGUGGUGGUGGCCGCUUCGUCCCGGCAAACCCCAACGCGCCCAGUUUCGGCCACAGAGCCCAAGCAGCAGCAGGGUUCGUCGGUGGGCAGGGGCAGGGGCAGCAACAGCAACAGCAACAACAACAGCAACAGCAACAGCAACAGCAACAGCAACAGCAAAAGCAACAGCAACGCAGACGGUUCGGAACUCAGGAAGGCAGUAGUAGCAGUACCUCUAUCAUUUUCGGGGCCGGCAUUGGUCAGGCUCAGGCUCAGGCUCAGGCUCAGGCUCAGUGGUAUCCGCCCGAGAGCUACGCACCGCAGCCCCAAGCCUACCCUGCACAGAGUCCGCCGCAGAGCCCAGCACCGCAAGAGAGCUCGCCGCAGCCGCAACCGCAACUGCGGGCCCUGUACCCGCCGCCGCUGCUGGCUCAGCAUUACAUGCCCCAGUACGCACCGCCGCACGUAGAAGACGCCCAGACAGCAGCGCCUCAGCCUGCGCCAACCCAACGGCGGAGGUUCGAGCCGGCGCGGGAUCCUGCCGUGUCUCCCGCGCCGCCACAGGGCCCGGUUCAAGUCCCGGUUCAAGUCCCGGUUCCAGUCCUCCCGGUUCAAGUCCCGGUUCAAGUCCUCCCGGUUCAAGCCCCUAAGGCAAGCCAGCAGCAGCAGAGGUAUCAUCCGUGGUUUGCCCCGGAGAGCCUCCCCGGCCAGGUGGUAUAUGCCGAGACUGUGACGGAUUCGGAAGUGGGGUCGACGAGAUCGCCUGUCAACUUUGACUAUGCGCUGCCGGAUCUGGGGCAGCGGAAUCUUCCUUGAUAUGUAGUAGCCAGAUUGCCUCGCCUAGUUAGUUAGUUGCUGUGGUUUUUUUCUCAAACUAAACAAACGCCCCGAGGAGUGUCUGCGGCUUGGAGCGGAUACAGGUAAGGUACCUAGUUAGUUAGUAAACAAAGGGUCAUGAAAAUGAACAAGGAGGCAACGUUUUUCCAAACCAACCGCGUUUCCCUGACUGACCGUGAU